CUGACAUAGGCUACUCAUAAAACGUAGUAUAAAAUAAUGUAGAAAAAUAAAUAAAUUAAAAAUUAAAAAAAAUAAAAUUUUAAUUAUAAAGAAUUUAAAAAAAAUGCAAAGGAGCAGGCAAAAGACUGGGAUAUUGUGGGGAAUGGUCACGUUGACGGGAAUGUUUAGUGACAUGUGGGAGGUCGGAGGGGGUUAAAAAAAAGUCUCAAUCACUCUUCGACGUGCAUGAAAACCAGCCGCGUAUUUAUGAGGGAGGUGUGUUCCCUAGUGUGUUGUAGACGUGUGCUGUUCAAUAUGCUUGGUCUUAAAUAACAAUAAAUAUAUCUACAAUAAAGUUAUUGUAAUCCAAAGCUCUGUAUUUAGUUGAUCUUACUUGAGGUGAAUAAUAUCUGCCAUGUCGGUGAGAACUUUUUAUGUGUCUCGGUCCUUUCGAACCCCAGGAAGGCAGGUUCGGACUUGGCAAAUUCAAGGAUGAGAGGAAAGGACACAGCACAUUGAUGAAACCUAUCUGACAGGUCGUUUUGGACCAUGACUUUCAUCCUGUUCUCUAUCACACAAGCUCUUAGCUUGGAACCUCUGCUGAACUGUUCUGAACCCACCAAUCUAGCCCUGCUGAAAGCACUGUCACCAGUCUUUGAUUUGCGCUUCAUACGGCCUGUGAUCAACAUCAAUAAUUACACAGAAGUCUAUGUAUCCUUUACCAUGUAUGGCAUUCUGGGAGUGGAUGAAAAAGCUCAACUCUUGACAACAUAUAUUUGGCAACACAUUGUAUGGAAGAAUGAGUUCAUCAGCUGGGAUCCAGAGCAGUGCGGCACAGAAGAGAUAACGUUACCUAGAACCCAGUUUUGGACACCAGAUAUUGUCAUCAAUGAAUUCGUUUCUAAAAACACAGCCCCAUUUGUGCCUUAUGUACAUGUCAAUUCUGAUGGCAAGAUCUAUGACUACAGUCCUGUCAGAGUGGUUAGCUCCUGCAGACUGAACAUCUACACCUUCCCCUUCGACGUCCAGAACUGCACUUUCACCUUCAACUCCUACACCCACACAAACAAGGAAAUCGUGGUUAACCUCAACAGGCCGAUAACACAGAUUUUGAAGAAUACAUUGGCUGUGAUGAGCACUGUAGGGGAGUGGCAGCUAAUAGAUAUCACUGCUCAUAAAGAAUCGGAUGCUGGAUUUAUGCUGGACGAGCUCAUAUUUUACAUUGGUCUGAGGCGUAAGUCCACUCUCUAUGUGGUCAACCUGAUCAUCCCAAGCUGCUCCUUGAUCACAGUGGACCUCUUCAGCUUCCUGUUACCCCCACAGAGUGUGGACCGCUCAGCCUUUAAGAUGACCCUCAUCUUAGGCUACACCGUCUUCCUGUUGCUUAUGAAUGACUUGCUGCCGGUCACUGGCGACACCAUACCACUCAUAAAUGUUUUCUUCGCCCUCUGCCUGGCUCUGAUGGUUGCCAGCCUGUUGGAGACAAUCCUCAUCACCAACCUCCACUCAAGUUCCAGUCGUUUUGCUCCUGUCCCCCGCUGGGUGAGAGUAGUGGUCCUUCAAAAACUGGGAUGUUGUGUUGGUCUGCCUCCAAAGCCAACAAAAGAACAUUCAACAGGUAUGGAGUUGUUAGAUAUGUAUCCAAAUGCUGUAAGGGAGGAGAUCAAAGCUGGUAAGACUCCUCCAAUGCCCCUGGAACUGGAAGACACAACCCCAGGCGAGUUGAGAGAGUUGGGGAGAGACCUCAGGGCGAUCCGGCUACAGGUGGAAAAGCAGCUGAGUGGGGACCAGAAGUCUGAGGAGUGGAUCCAGGUGGCUUCCAUCAUUGAUCGCUUCCUGUUUGGGCUCUACACGCUCUUUAUAUCAGUCAGUUCUAUAACUAUGAUCUGGAUCUGGGUUGAUUCAGACAGACGAUAGAAACGUUUUUCAGAAGGUUUUCACUCAGGUAAUAUAGUGAACAUCAUUUUCUUUGUAGUCUCAUUUUAGUAUAAUUUGAACUGUUUUUAUUAUCAAUUUAGAGGUCAAAUACACGAUUAAGGCUUGAAUUUAGGUACAUUUUAAAGAUGUAUGAUUAUUAUUAUUAUUAUUGUGUCAAAUGCUAAAUCCUUAAUAAAACAUGUAAAAUAAAA